AUGCUUCUCAAGUUCCUUGUUUCCAUCACAGCUGCCGUUGCAGUCACAGCAUCAGCCCUCGACAAACCAGUUGGAGCUUCUGGCUGUCGGUGGGAGGGCACAGCUCCCUACUGUGACGGCGAGUGCGAAUCUGGCUGGACCGAGAGAGGACGCAGUCAAUGCGGCGAUGGAAGCUGCUGUUGGACUGGCAGCAAAGCCCUCUGCUGUGAAGACGAGGAUGCCGUCCAGAAAUUGGUGCAGCAGCAGGACAAAGUUGGCGCUUCUGGCUGUCGAUGGGAGGGCACAGCUCCCUACUGUGACGGCGAGUGCGAGCCUGGCUGGAGUGAGAGGGGACGUAGUCAAUGUGGAGAUGGUAGCUGCUGUUGGACUGGCAGCAAGGCCCUGUGCUGCGAAGAUGACGAUGCCAACCGGGAUCUCUAG